ACUUUCUGCUUUGGCUUCUUUAACUUCUUUUUCAGAAGUUAGGUUAUCCUGGAGGUUGUUUUUCCAAGAAAAAGAUGCAGCAAGUGAUAGCCAAACUAACAAAAGGAACAAUCCUGUUUGGGGUUUGUAAGUGGUUUGAAUAACUUCUUUUUAGAAAUGGGUCUAUGUUUUUAAAUUUUUAUUUAUUUAUUUAUUUUCCUUUUUUUUUUUUUCCUUAGAGUUUUAACUCUUGAAGUUAAUUCAUUAAAAGAACCAGUCUCUGGCAGAUGAGGAAGAAGUAAAGGCAAGCAAGUCACUUUUGUGCCUGUGAAGAAUACAUAAGCAUUUUAUUCCAAGAAACCCCAAGGAAGGAAAACCUGUGGGUUUUUUUUUGUUUGUUUUUUUGUUUGUUUAGUUUUAGAGAUCUAUUAUCUUAUAGAAAAGCGUGUGAUUCUUUUUGGUGGUCCUAACCCAUACAUUUGAAAGACUGUAACUGAUAGUUCUGCCUGAGAUUUGUCUUUUUUUUUUUUUCACAAAAUUAAAAUACUGAAAAAUAUUGCAGUCCCUUGAAGCAGAAGCAUAACAAGUACGUCUAACCCAUUUGAUUCUCCUUGUAUUCUCCAGCUGCUAUAUACUCCAUCAAGGUCAUCUUUUUCUUGGUUAAGCAGUAUCUAAUGGCAUUUGUGCACACGUUCAAGUAGUUUCUCUUCAAAAAGGCUUCAAAAUACAGUUUCUUCCUUUGGAUCACUACAUUCAAUGAUGCAUUACAGUUUUUCAACAAGGAAAAGAAACAGGGACAGGUACCAAGUCCUCUUGCCACCCAAUAUAGUGCAGAAAAAAAUCUGCCUAUAUAAAUACAACAUGGAUGCUGACUGGUUGGUGCCUGCUUACCCUAAUGAGCUUAAAGUCUUAUUUGUAGUGGACAUCUGUCAAGACAGAAGUGAGGCACGCAAGUCCUCUUAAUCCAUUAGCUCUAAAUCCAGCAGAGCUUUCACACACUUUUUUUUUUUUUUUUUUUUUUUUUUUUUUUUUAAAUCAAAGAAGAAAACCUGUGUGGAAACAUACAGAACAUACAGUGGGACAAUGCACGACUGCAAGACCAGAUCCUGGACAGUGAGCAUAUGAGAUUUCAAGGCAAACUACAUCAAGAACUGUCAACAAAACUACUACUGUGAUGGAAAACUUGUGAGAAAAGGCCAGUCUACAGCUCAGGAUGAGACAGUGAGUUUGAUUCUUUGUUGUAUUUUCUAUAGUUAUCUAGAUUUUUAAAUCAAAAAUUCAGCCAAAGACGAAGAAAAGAUGGGCUGCACACCAUCUCACAGUGAGAUUGUCAAUACUCUUGCAAGAAGUGGCCUUAAGGCUUUGAAUAAGCCCAAAGGUGUUUUGCAUAUUGAUCCAACAGACAAAGGAAUUCCGCUGCUAGUUAAAGGUUCAUCUUGCUACAGUUUUGAAGAACUUCAGCAAUAUGGGGUCCAGAGGAAUGACUGCCUGAUAGAAACCAAGGAGAAAACAUCUGAGCGGGAUAAUAGUGAUCAUUUGCAGUGUUCUUCCAACUCUCAUCCAAAGGUCCCCAUUCCCAGGGAAGACAAAGUAAUUGAGAGGACAGCCACAGAGGCUGAAGUUAUAUCCAAACUGAUUGAAUCUCAAAAACACAUCACUGAGGCUAUACAGAUCAGAAAGCAAAGCUCCUGUGAAUCAGAAGCAUCAGUGUUCAUUUUGGAUAAUAAGAAUGAAAGCAACGCAAAGCAAAUCCUAAAGAAAGGGAAGAAGCCAAAGAAUCAGAAGUCAGCAAAACAAGGUCGACUUAGCAAAACUAAAGAAAAGUCCAUUUUGUCCCCGUGUGAGACAGAGGAAAAGGUGGAUUUCCCAGAACUGCUUGUUAAGGCUCAUCAGAGUGCAUACGCUUACUUAAAUCCCAAUCUUUCCAAGUAUGAAGCAAUACUUCAUAUGGCUGAUCAGGCUGCCCAAACUCAGCUCUUCCUACAGCAGAUGGUAAGCUUCCUCGUACUUCGCUUUGAUGAAAUCAACCAGCUCUUGGAAGAAAUUGCUAAUGAUGGGGAAAAUCUUCUCAAAAACGUGGGGGGGAAUCUGGCAUGGCCAUCAGAAAAAGGUGAUUUGAAGGAGCACCCUGAUCUUCUGCAACAACUACUGCAAUACACAAUCAAUAAAAUGCAGUUACUCAAUGGAACGCUAGCCUCUCUCACCUCUGAUGCCCUGCAGGAGACAUGCAACUACCUGCAGACCGCUGCAAGCAACUUGGAAGGAAAACUGAAAGCAAAGCAAAUGUUUGAUGAGCGCCUGCUUCAGACAGUAAGGCUGCUUGAAGCCUCAACCGUAGGGAACCCUCAGUUUCAUGGUGAUGACAGGACUCUCUGUUCUGAGGACAGUGGCAUUGGUGUGGACAAUGAAUCCCUCAAAGACUUCAGUCCUUUCAGCCAUCUUGGAGCACAAGCAAGCCUUGAUUCCUCUGCACAUGGCGUUCUGUCCCAGAAGCACAGCAGAAUGAUGGAGCAUAUCCACAAUGGGACAAGGCCACCAGGCACAGCCACAUCUCAUAACUCCACACUCGAAAUGCAUUUUAAAGAUGUGCUUCAUUCAUCUGUACAGAGUAGAGAAGGAACUACUUGUCGGGGAGGAAUACCGGAAGGUAUUUCCACCAUGGCACAAGAUGCAAGCUUGAGUAAAAGCCACUCCUGUAACUCCUUCCAGUCUGACUCUACUCAAGAACAUGAGCAUUUCCAAGUUGGUGAAUCAAUAGAUUUUCCUUCAGAUGAUGAUGAUGAAGGGAGCACCCUGGGGGAGGAUGACAACACAAGUUUAUCAGAAAUGGGGAAGGAUGCCCUGCCAAAGAGGCCCCAGUCCUCACCUGCAGUCACUGAUAACACAAAAAGGCAGUCUAUCAAAAGGACAGAAAAUGCAGAAGCAGAGGAAAUGAUUCUGAAGAUGAAAGAUGCCAUCAGUGAAAAAAUCAAAUUUGUCCCAGCUAAGUCUAGGCGUAAAGAGUGGAUGGAGGAUGAGAGUGGAACUGCCAUCUUAACAGCAAGGCCCAGUACAGCAACAGGCAGACAGAAAACCUAUGGUAAACACCGACGAUCCCGGUCAGAGGAGUCCCUCAGAAGCCAGGCAGAGGACCCAACCCUCCUAGAGCUUCAGAGAACUCAAAAGGAGCUCAGCAAAAGGCUAGAAAUGUUUUACGGAAAGAAGGAGACAGAUAACAACAAAGAGCCUAGGAAACUGAGAACAACAUGUUACUUGCAGGAUGAGCAAGUUACUUCUAGGUCUUCUAGCAAACUGAAGGCAUGCCUCUCAAAAAAUUUCAGCAUCCUGCCUAACCAGGAUAAAGUCCCUUCGUACAUAGUUGAUCAAAAUCCUGCCCAUCAGCUGGAUGAAAAAAGAGACAAGAAGCCUUUGAAAGCUACUAUGCCCACCCAGGAGACGUCAUCAGGGAAUGAAGAAAACAAGCCUUCUGGAACUCAAACACUCAGUGGCAGCAGUUGUGCCCCCCGCCAGUCUGUCAAAAAGCUCAUUGAAACAUUCAGUCCCACUGAUGAGUUUGGAAAAGCCGCACCUUUGAAAUCUUUAGGACCAGUAAAAUGUGUCAGAAAGUUUGGACUUCCAGUCAUCCCACCCACUGUUCCCUUUCAGAGAGCCCUAGUGCCUUUGAAUGUUAAGCAUCGCAUUUCGCCAGUAGAAGGCACAAACCUUUCAAACAACAGUGGAGUUUGUUCUAACUUUCCAAAUGCCUUUCCUCCUAUACCAGCAGCAGCAGAAUUAAGCAAGGACACAAAGGAAGAGAUAGAUGAAGAUAUUGAGAACUUGCCACCGCCACCCCCUGAAAUGCUCAUAGACAGUACUUUUGACUCCUGUGAGAUGGAAGAAACUGCAAGAAUAGAAGAAAGCUCAUCAGAAGAUGCCAAAAAGCCUGCCAAAACAGAAUUUCAAGCUACUAAGAGAACACAAGUCUCCCCAAAAAUGAGGGCCUCUCUUCAGUCCAUUGACUUAUUACCAAGCAAAAAUAUCAAUGGCCCCAAUGUGGCUGCUAACAAAGUUCUAAGGAACAGUGAACCAAGGGAUGAUAAACUGCAGAUAUAUUCUCUGGAGUUGAACCCUACCAAUGUGCACAUCCCUAGUCAGGAAGAGAUAUUAGCAACCCAGAGAAAAGAGGCUGCAGAUUUGUACAAGCAAACGCAUAAAAUUAUUCCUCUUCAAAAUCCCAGCGGGGUUUCAAAACCACACAGCAACAGCUCAGAGAGCAUGGAGGCCAAUUCACCCACAACUUCAGUGCCACACCAGAAGCACGGCUCUCCUGACUCUCUCAGGAGAAACGAAAAAGGCUCAGUGUUCUCCAGGAGGGUGUCCCCAGCGAGAACCCCUCCUUCUUCUCCGCCAACUGAGAAACGGCUUUUCAGCCCUCCAACACAUCAUAGACACUCUCUACAAGCUUUUAGCAGCCCCCAGCCCAGCUCGCCCACCAUGCAGAGGAAACCCAGCCCCCCUGCCAGCCCCAGAGCACCCAGCCCUCCCUCACAGAAGAAGCUGCCCUCUCCACCAGCCCAGCGCAAACUGCUCAGCCCUCCUGCAGAGCAUAAGCAGAGCUCAUCAAGCCCACACCGGCCACCAGGCUCCCCAGCAUACCGCCGUGACACAGCCCCUGCUCCAUUUCCCAUCGCCCCAUCCCCACCAACCUCCCCAUCUCGCUCCUACAGAGGAUCAAGAGCAGGUCUGGAUGCCGGGGAUGAGCCCCAGCCUUCCUCCACCAAAAAGGGCAGCAACGUACAUUCAAUAUUUUGCCCAGCCACCUCUUCCUUAUUUGAAGCAAGACCUCCACCAGCACCCAGCAAACCCUCAGAGGAGGUCACGGGUCAGCCUGAAGCUUCAAAACCUUCCCAAAAGAGCAGCCUGCUUUUCCAGCAGCUGGGAGCUCGAACCAGAAAGCUGUCCCUGAGCGCUGCCAAUCCUCAGCCAUUUGUGAAGAGAAGUUUCUCCGACCGUCGACCAGGGGUCCGGUUCUUCCUUCCAGCUCCUGUGUCAGCUGCCAGUGAACCCGCUCUUAACCAAGCAAGCAUGGACGAGAGCCCUAGAAAAGCAGGCGACUCUUGGAGCAACCCUUGUGCCCCUGAAAUCAAAGAGUCCAACAGAUCUGCUUCCCACCCGGAGCUCUACAUUGUGGGCCAGAGGCUGCAGAGGGACUGACCACAGAGGCAUGAGGAGGGAACAGCCUUACCCAAGCCUCCAAAACGCUGCUCCGUUAUUUUUAAUCACAAGGAAACAAUAUGAUGGCACUGCAUCUGAAAACCCAAACCUCUCGACCUCCAGAGGAAAUACCAGAGUGAUAACCAGCUGCUUCUCCUUCUGAUUGCAAUUCAAAGGUUUGCUUUCAGCAACAGAAAUGCUUGCCAGUUCUGCAAGUCUGAGGCAAACCAAUUCAGUAUUUUCAUUCCCCUGGGUUUGCUCAGUGCAGAGCAGAGGAGCUGAGCGGAGGCUUCAUGGCAGCUGCAGCUCCUGACAGGGAGAGGAGGGCAGCGCAGAGCUCUGCUCUGUGUGACAGCGACAGGGACGGAACAGUCGAGAACCAACUGAAUUCUACUGCAAAAUACAAAUGGCUUCAGCAAAGUCACAACUUCACACUAGGUUAUUUAUGAACACUUACAUAGAGAGAAAAAGGCCAAAUACAAGUUAAAGCAAAAAAUAACCCUUUUUAUUUCCAAGGGAUAUUAGGAAUGUUAUUUCCUCAAAAAGACUUUGAUCUUCUAAAGCAUCUUUGAUUACCCUGUAAUCUCAUCAUCUCUAGUUCUCAGGAUACAAGGCUUAAUCCUGAUUAGAGUAGUUUUGUAACCGCCUAAUCAAACAUCCUGAGGCACUUAAGGACAUGUUAAAAAAAAAAAAAAAGAAAAAGAAAAAAGAAAAGUGAGAAUCCUGUUCCCUCAGAAAGAGGUUGAUAUUCCAGUUGACACAGUUUGAAUGGAUUUGCUGUGACUUCUAGGCAGGUUCUUGCUAAUGAAAACACAAGGUACUGUCAUCUGGUUAAUCACAGGCUGGUAUAGCACCCACUAAAAUACUUCCAUAAUUUACUGGAUUUUACUCAAAGAACUGGUUUGUCAUCAGAAUUAAGAUGUAACUUUUUAAUUUACCUAAUUUGACUUGAUUUUAUAUGCUACUUCAGGGACAGAAAAAGAUCCAGAAAAAGACCCAUUUCUAGUCCUGCUUUGGUGGGAAUAGCUUUAGUUUUUCCUACAGCUUUCAUGAUGAACGCUUCAUCUAUGUACAGAAUUUUUAACCCUUUCCCUUUUUAACCACCUUCAUGACGGGGGAAUUAAGGCUUGCCUUAAGCUGUACAAGGGACCCCUUUGUCUACUGAACACUUCUGAGUUUUACUACAGUGCCUUCAUCACAACCAUCCAUCUUCAAUAAACUCAGUGCCAUUUUAUACCACAUAAAAGGAAACCUUAACUGUAGUAUUUAAGAUGAAGUAUUACAAAGAAAUAACUCAUAGCAUAUCAAUGCUUUGGAUCAUCAGGGGUUUGUGAGCUUGAGGUGACAAAAGUAGCUGUACCCAAGGUGUACAUGUAGGAGAUGUCAACAGACCCACAUUGUGAUCACACAGAGAAAUACAUCAUUCCCUAUUAAAUAGCGAAAUCAACAAGGAGAUACUGCAAGGCUCCUCAGCAAAGCAAAUUCUGCAGGUCAGUUUUCCCCCUCGUCAGAAGUUUUGUCUACUCCCACUGCAUUAAAAUUACAUAUUUUGUAUGCAUUUUGGAUUUGUCUAUUCUGGUGUCAUUAGCUGUCAGAACAGAAAUAAACCAGAAACACGACAAUGGAAAUCUGGCACUUUGCAUGCCUAAAUGUAACUUUGAAGAUGAAAAUGCAAGAGUGGGGGCGCAACUUCUGCUCAGUUGCUGCAAUCAUUUCAGCCCUUCAUGGCUUAAUGCUGAAAUGCCUCAGCAUCCACAAUGGAUGAUAAUUGAAAGUGUGUAUUUAUGCUCCCUGAGCAGCAAAUUCUUCUGUAGAGUAAGAGCUACAGCAGCACAUAGAGAAACGCUACAGCGAUCAAGCUGAAACUUGCUCACACCUGUGCUGGCUGGACAUGAAUUCAGCCAAGCCACUUUCCCCUGAUUAAAAUAAGGCUCUCCUGAAGACAUGUCACAUAAACCAUCAUCCCAGUACAGCAUUUGUUCCAGUUUUGGCUAAGAUCAUGUCAUCAGUACGCUCAUCGCAACCAUAGUCCCACUUGAACACGGCAGCUGUUGGGGGAUUUUAGCAUUGCCCUAAGGACGUUUGUUGCAGCAAACUGAGCGUUACAUUCAAGAAACAGAGCUUCUCCAGUGGUGAUCUACAAAUAUCUGUAUCAUGAACUCAUGACUACGUAUAACUAGAAGAUUCUCUUCAGUGCAGGACCCUUGCAAUGAGGUGUUAAACUUCAGCUCAUAUUGCAAGCAUGAAGUUGAGAGUAACUAGUACAUAGAAAACAACAGCAUGACUGAUCACUUUUUAAAGAAGUGUUAUUGUUUGUUUGUUUGUUGUUGUUACAGAUUUUUUUUAUAUCAUUUCCAUUUUUCCUAAAUUCAAUGUUUCUGAAAUACAGUUGUUAUUAAGACCAUGCUCAAUUUCAAGAUGUAUUUUUUACUGAUGUAAAUAAAUCAGUUUUAUACACAGGUUAUGAGUUUGUGCCUUACAUUCUGUCUGAAGUCAGCACAGUCCUCAAUGUUAUGCUAUUGAUUCCUUAUGUGGUGCAUUAAUGGGUGCCCUCUGCCAUAAAAAGUCCUUUUGCUUCAU